AUGACAACCUAUGGUACUAUACCAUCCCAAGCAAAUACCUCAUCGAGCCGGAGCUUAUUAGGACGAGCCAAAGAAUUGAUCUUGCUAGGCCUUAGCUCUCAAAGGCCAUGGCUUGAACUUGUCCAGUGUAGUGCCUUUAGCCUUCAUGUGUCCUUUAGUGUAGCCACCGAACGAAUGAAAACCAACAUCAUGAUCUUUCGGACCAACUACAUUGUCAUCUUCAUUGUUUCUAUCUUCAUCAGCAUGCUCUGGCAACCUGUCCACCUUUCUGUCUUCUUUAUCUUGAUAGUCGCAUGGAUAUAUGUCUACUCCCGGGACAAUGAACCGUGGGUGAUAUUUGGCAAUGUGAUCGAUGAUUCUAAUUUGGUGCUAGUUUUGUUGGUCCUCACGAUUGGUAUAUUUCUAUUAACAGAUGUAUCCCGCGGUAUUAUGACCGGGGUUUUGGCUGGUUUGCCCGUCGUUCUGGCUCAUGGCAUGUGUAGGAAUACAGAGACGCUUUUCGUCUUGGAAGAUGAUGAAGAGAAGCUAACAAUGAACACAUCAUCUUCUUAG